GCUUAUUUUACAACCAUUAGAAGCAAUUAUUGAAUUUAAAAGUACAUUAAUUUAUAUGAUACAAACUAAGUUAAAAACAAAUACAAAAAAUGCAGAACAGCAAGUAAUUACAAUACCAUGUCUUGAAAGUCAAUUCAUCGAU